AUGGCUAGCCGUUCACGCCGCAACCAACCCGGCCAACGCAACGAUUACCCAUGGUACACUUUUCUAUGGGUUGUUGGUCCCGAAGUUCUAUGGAAUGCAAAGCUAGAGUGGAUGAAGCAAAGGAAAAUUCAUGUUCUUGCAGUUUUCAAUUGGCAAUGGAGUGAACAAACGGGCUUAUUGGAGGGCAUCGAGCCAUAUUUUGUUAGGAACUUUGCUGGGGUACAUGGCCAGUUUAAGUCCAUGGGGUGGAGACAGUUAUUCCAAAUCCAAGAGAUCGUAUACAAGGAAUUGGUAAUUGAGUUUUUAGGCACAAUUUCUUUUCGAAGGAAAGAUGGAGCAUUUGAUGAAGACAACCUCACUUUUUUCCUUGGUGGGGAAUGA